AUGAAUGCUUACACUAAAGCCAACGAUGUUCGCAACGGUGGCAAGCGCGAGCUGCCUCUAGAUUUCUACGUUGACGGUGACGAGGCUCGGACUUGCAGUCGCGAAGAAGCCCGGGUUUUGACUCCAACCGAGUCUAGCAUUUUUGUAAUCUAUCGCUUGGCUGACCACAACGCUCGCUUAUACGACCAGCACUAA